CAAAAGAAGGGAGCCGAAAAGCGAACAAUAGAAAAAGCCGUCGCGGGCCGCACAGCAAACCAGAGGCAUUACCACAGCAAAGCGCCCGUGAUGACAAUCCGGCGAGGCCAAGUGCGUCGAAUAUUAGAAUAAGAACAAGAAUACUUUAUAGAGGCUAAAGCAGCGCCAUCGCCAACUCUCGCGUGCUGCCGUUAUUUCUGACAGCGUUGCUGAGCUGUUCUCUUUCUGACAGUAACAAAGAAAAGCCGCCUCGUCCCCAUCUCUCUUCUCCUCUUCCUCCCCUCCCGUUCUCUUCUUCUUCUUCCCUCGUUUCCUUCUCCGGUCCAAAAACCACAGGCUUUCGCUUCGUUUUUUUUAUUUGGAAGAGAAGGUCGGGGGACGAGAGAGAUGGCGUCGGGGGCGUUUGGUGGGACGACCCAGAAGUGCAAGGCGUGCGAGAAGACGGUGUAUUUGGUGGAUCAGCUCACCGCUGAUGGAAGGGUCUAUCACAAGGCCUGCUUCCGUUGCCACCACUGCAAAGGAACCCUCAAGCUCAGCAAUUACAGCUCCAUUGAUGGUGUUCUGUACUGCAAGCCUCAUUAUGACCAACUCUUUAAAAUGACUGGCAGCUUGGAUAAAAGUUUCGAAGGCUCUUCGAGAUCUGCUAAGGCGGACCGAUCCAAUGGUCAUGAGAGCAAUGCUAAUAGCAGAUUUUUAAGUAUGUUUGUUGGGACGCAAGACAAGUGUGUGGUUUGCAAGAAAACUGUUUACCCAAUUGAGAAGGUUGCACUUGAUGGCACCUCAUACCAUAGACCAUGCUUCAAAUGCAGCCAUGGAGGCUGUGUGAUCAGCCCAUCUAACUAUAUCGCACAUGACGGCAGACUUUACUGCAAGCACCACCACUCUCAGCUCUUCAUGGCGAAGGGAAAUUUCAGUCAGCUUGAAGACAGACAUGAAGACAUUAAAGUGCCUACUGAGAACCCAGUACCAGAUGAGAACGCAGUACCAGAUGAGAACCCAGUACCAGAUGACAAUGCAGAAAGUGCUAGUUGAAUUUUCUCUUGGGUGGAAGAUUGUUGUACUUGGCACUCUUUUGGGCAAUUGUGAAAUGACAGUGGAAUGAGUUCGUCUACAUACAGCUGCUGAGUUUGGAUACCAGAUUUUGAUCUUCAGGAUUCUUAUAUCUUGGGAACCUUCUCUUUAUUACGUAUUCUUUGCGUUGUGAGAGUUGAAAUAAAUAUGGCGUGUUUUUCUUCUUUUCCAUUAAGCUGUGUGUUGUAUUCCAGAGUUGCAGGUGGUGAUGGUUGUAUGUCAGAGGUCUACUUAAGGAGGCGGGGGCGUGUAUUACUCUGCCUACAUUUUGUUCAGGAGUUGUUUUAUUUGCUGGAGAAAGAGUUCUUUUGAUUAUCAUCUGUUCUUGAACUAACUCUUUUAGUGAAUUUGGUGAUGAUCUUGUAACAGUUUUUA